AACGCUACAAUGGAUUCAGUUUACAUUGACAAAUACUUUUUAAACAGUGUGCGUUAUAGCAAAUGGCAUCGCGUGAAAAUGACAGAUUUUGCUGAUAUGUGAACUAAGAAAGAAAAGUAGUUUUUAUCGAAUAAUAUAAGUAAUUUUGAUAUCAUUGUAUUUUAUAAGUGUGAAAAUUACUCAAGUGCAUAUAUAUAAAUAUUUAAUUAUAUAAUAUGACUGAUAACAAAUAUCAAAACAAAACGUAUCAGAUGUUCCGUGGUACAGUGUGAUAACAUUAUUUAUGGAUUUUGUGGUGAAAUAAAAAAUUCUGCAAAAUGACGGACAAUAAACCAUUAGCCAUGGCGUCUGCUAAUGGGUUGGUAAAUAAAUCCAAGGAGCUCCAAAAGGAAAUUCUCAUGGAGAAACUGAGAUCAAAGACAUCACAGUUUAAAAAUUUGUCAGAAACUUCUAAAGCAGUACGAAUGGCUUUAUUGGACAAAAGAUGGGCUCUUGAUAACGCAGACCGCAUGACUCUUCAAAAAUGCCUGGACAGUUUACAACACUGCAUUAAAAUCAGUUCUCUUCAAAGCUUAAUAGAAAGGCUUGAGUGCUUAUCAAGACAGCUUGGAUUGAAAUUUGUAGUGGGCACAUCAGGGGCAAACAUCUUCAUAUCAUCAGACAUGUUCUAUCUAGAGAUUCUAGUGGAAUUUAGUGGUUCAGUGAAGGAUGUUAAAAUUCAUCAUGAAGGAAGGAUUGAACAGCAAAGUUGCGAAGAACUAGUUUCAUGUAUAACUAGAGGUGACUUUGCUGAUUUCACAGCACAAUUAGAAGGACUGACUGCAGUUUAUCAGUUAAAUGCUGAAAAAAAAGUGAAAUGUAAAGCUUUCAGUGCCUUACAAAGUUUAGAAGAAGAUCUUUGUACACUACGUCAACUACAAAGCUUCAUUAAGGACCCUUGGGCACAAGUUCACCAAAGCCCUAUCGGUUUUUUACAGAAACGAAGAGGAGGUCACGCAAUGCGGCUCACGUACUUUGUCUCGCCAUAUGAACUACUAGAUCGAGACAAAGGUCUGCAACCUCUGUCAACAGAACUGCUGACACUAGGCAAGCCCUUAUUGGCGACUGGUCACUCGGCAUUGGCCGCACCAUCAUAUACACCAAUAGGCCACUCCGCAACUGUUCUUUUAGAAGGAUCCACAGCUAAUAAAUUACAGCUAUCACCUAUCAUAUCAGGAGGACAACGAUCAGGGAAAGGUAAUGGUCCAGUUUAUGCACAAUUGGUGCCACAGAACAGUGCCAUGCUGCCGGCGUGCUUUACACUUAAACUAUCGCAGCCUAUGCCCCUGUGCUCCGGACUCGCCAAGCUUAUACACGCAACAACAGAAGUGGAAGUAGCUGGUGAUUGGACUAACGCAAAACCAAUGCUUGGACUUGUAGCCCAGCAAGCAUACAACAAACUGAACCCAGGAAAAAAUAUCGAGUUGAAUCUUAGCAAGGGGCUCUAUGUUAAUCUACCGGAGCAGACGCAAUGUUACUUCGUGAUGGAGCGGCGCGGACUGGAAGGCUGCGUGGUGAACAGCAUACCAUUCACCCACCCAUCACACGUGGCGCCGCUGCUCGCCUGCCUCCGACAGCAGGCAUUAUUCAAUGCACUCAUCGCCAGCUGCGUCCGCACGCAGACCAAACACGCGGCGGAGGCGGAGGGCGCGGUGACGUUCGAGGUGAGCGCGCUGUCGUGGCAGCACAUCUCUGUGGCGCUGGAGCACCCGGCCGACGAGAGCCUGGCCACGCUCGAGCUGGACCUGUCCGAGCCCGCGGCGCCGCGCGCCAGGCUCCACGCUCUGCACGCGCAGCGCGACCAGCUCGACGACUACGUCACCAGGGUGCUGCACAGGAGCCACUCCAUACCCGUCACGCUCAGAUCGUUGGUAAAGAUAUGGGAGCGGGAGGCUGCGACGAAACAAAUGAAUGGCAACUACUCCGCGCUGGAGUCGAAUUUUAGCUGCGGCCUGGGAGGCAUGGACGGGGGAGACGUAAAGCCUCCCGCCAACAUGCACGGCCGCGCGCACUACCCUUCCUCCCACGCGCACCAGCCACACCAGCAUCACCAGCACCACCAGAACCACCAGCAGCAUCAGCCUGGUCCCUAUAUGUCGGAUCAGCAACACCACCUAUCUAUGAUGUGUCAAGACUCUGCGGUGAAUGAAACUAAGCCCCAACUUUUAGAAGAUCGUAAACCGAAGAAACGAAAGUCUGAUACUGAUAUCUGGUCAACUCAAAAGAAAGGUAAGCCGGGCCUCAGUGAAAUGGUUGAUUCGGAAAGUGAAAGCGAUAAUUCAGAAACAUAUGUCAAUGAAGAUGAAAACACUAUGAAUAGUAACUCGACGAAUGACGACAUAGAAGGCCAAGAAUCUUCCGUAUCUCAAAACGAAUUCACGUCCGAUCUGGAAUUAUCUGCAAUGGAUACAACGGACGCACUCGGCAGCCAAGAUAAUAGAACUUCGUCUGAUGUAGACAAUUCGAAUGAUGGAGACGUAGAGGAUUUAAUCAGGAAUUCUUUUCAGAAGUCUGAUCACAAACGGCAAAAACUCAAAAGUAAAGAUUCAGAAAACCGAAGUAGAAGUACAUCAUCACUGCUUUUAGAUCUUACUGAAGGUAAAUCCUACAUGCCGUCCUCUGUUAGCAUAACUCCAAUAGGAUCCAACUCUUCAAAUAGCAGUAGUUCAGGAUCUAAUAUAUCGUCUAUGCUUUGCUUGGACCGACGUCCUGGCAUAGAGAUAAUACCAAUCACAUCUGCAGCACCUGCCACCUUACCCAGCUCGAUAACUAUUACACCUAUUACUUCUUCACAACUUAAAUCAAUCGACGACCGCAACAGAUCUGAAAAGAAAUCAAGCAGAUCUGGAGAAGAGCGGAGCAAAGAAAAGAAAAAGAAAAGACGCCGUGAUGAUUCCAUGGGACCACCGGAAAAGGUGCCACCCAAACAAGAUCCUUUAACUAAACCCGUGUCGGUCAGCAUUAAACCCACUGAUGGCUCUCCCAUGAGAUCCACGUCGCCAAACUCCCUUUUAAGAAAAUUUAGUCCAAGUCCAACUCACGGUAGGUCUGUUUCUAUCACUAAAUCACCUAGCCCCAACACAGUUAAGGGCAUGAGUAAAUCAUCAGGGACAUCUCACCACAGUAGUCCGAGACAUUCACCGGUACAAAACAGUCCUAAACACUUGCCAGGGUAUUCUAGCCCAAAAAACCAUAGUGUAUCCUCACCAAAACACAGUUCUUCGGGUUCCGGAAAACCUAGUAUGUCCACGUUAAAAUCUGCUACAAGCGGUUCUCCUUCUAGUAAAUCUGGAACUACUGGAUAUGAUUUAACAAAAAAAAUAUCGAAAGACUCUUAUGGAAGUAGUUCAAUAACCUCUAGGGAUAAAGAAAAGAAACAUUCCAGUUUAUCUUUUUCCAGUUCAGGUAGAAGUAGUCCUAAAUUAAAAAACCCCAUUAAAUUAAAACAAUUAGAAAUAACUCCUAUAUCCUGUGAUAGCCCGGUCACGGAACCGUUAAUAUCCCCGCCUAAUGUUGAAAUAAAUAAGUCAAAUGCUCCCAGUCAGGCUCGUAAUCGUAAAGGGUCCCUCAGUGCUGUGAUAGACAAAUUAAAAUCCGCACAACAUUGCGGCACCGAUACCGCAGAAUUGGCAGCUGCUAAGUCUAGCUCUACAAAUAAUGCUAAUAAAUUCUCUGAUCCAAAAAACAGUUCACCUGGUAGUACUAAAGUAAGUGAAAGUAAAAACCAAGAAUAUAUGGUUAAGCCUAGUCUAGACGGUAUGAAAAUUACUAUAAACAAAACUAGAACAAAAGAGUCCUCAAGUGGUAGCUCAAAAUUGAACUACAGUAGUUCGAAUUCUAAUAAAUCAUCCCCUCAACUAACCCCACCGAGCCAAGGUUCGCCUAAAACGCACACGGGCCUCAAACCAGGCGUCAUAAGCGGGCCGGCAUCUAAAAAAACCCAAGCAUUACAGUCUUCGAAAUCUAGCAGUGCAACAACAAGUUCCUCAACACCACCUAAAGCGAAUUUGAGCCCUUCAGAAUCAGGCAACAGCAGUAACGUAUCUAAAGUGCCUUAUUCUAAAACAUCUAGUAGUACUGGCAUUAAUCUAUCAAAAUCUGCAUCCAAAUCCAGUUCUGGUUCACCUAAGAGUAGUAAUACGGAUCAAAUAUCAAAAAUUGUCAGAGAUAGAGAACGUGAAAAAGCUAGAACUAAACUCAUGAGUAAUUCAGAAAAAUCUAUAUUUUCCUCUAAAUCAGAACGUCACUCUAGUCCCAGUAGCUCAAGAGAUGAAGUGGACUCAGAUAGAUAUAAGUCCUCUAAAGAUGCAAAUUUCCUGGUAGAAGGCCUAAUGAAGCCUCUAGAUACUAGCAAAUUUCAAAUUCCAAAAUUAAAAAACCAAAGCACUCCUGAUAAAAAUAGUCCAGUAUCACAAUAUGACAGUCGUUCUAUGGUAAAUGAUUUUUCUAGGUCUUUGGAUCAAAAUAAAUAUCCGUUCCCUCAUUUUGAGAGUGCAAACACUAGAAACGCAGACUUGCAAAAGUCCACAUUUACUUUAAACGUUCCCAAACCUUUACUGAAUAUGGGUGGUAUAAGCCCUAAAACUAAUACACCAAACAAAGGGGACCAAUCUGAUAGGCCAAUAGAAUUUUCAAAAGCAAUGUCAGAAACUCUGUCUAAAGGAGAAAGUCCGCAGCGUAGCAAAGAGGAUCCGAAAGAUUUCUCUGGAUCUUACCCAUUGUUGCCUUUAGACUUUAAGACGGAUAUGGUAAAGGGGUUUCCUGCCCCUAAAGGAAGUUCGGAGGAUAGAAAGGGAGCCGAUUCUUGCAUGAAGCCGCCUGCUAGUGGAGCUGUAGCGCGAAGCGGAGCGACCACACCGCAGGAAGCGGCAGAAAUGCUUCUUGACUUUUCGUCUUCGUCAGGAAGUAAAGUAUCAGGAAUGGUUGCCGUACGGUCAGUGUACCCCGCUUCGCCGGCGCUUGCUUUGCAAUUAGCGAAGAGUCCCGCAGCUUCUCCUUUAGUUGCUCCGUCACCACACUCUAAUUCACCAUGUAUUACCGAUGAUGAACUCAUGGACGAAGCACUUGUCGGUCCCGGCAAAUGAGUGACAAUAGCCGCACACGCAAAUCUACUAUACAGAGUAUACUGUUGAAAAAUCCAUUGUAUCGAUUCAACUAAAUAAAUAACUAGUUGUACUUUUAUACUUAGUAUUUUACGCUGACCUUGAAUGGUUUCUAUUUUCGUGAAUAAGUAUUGAUCAAGCGUCAAGUAGUUAAACUUAACAAUUUGAUACAUAGCAACUAAAUUCCCGUAAAGUGCAUAUGUAAAAGAUGAAAAUUUCAAUGCCAUCAGUCACUCUGUAUUACAAGUACCAGCGCGCGGGCUUUAUAUAAAAAUUUGGAAAAUUUUACAAACCAUAAUUUAAUAAUAUAAGUACAUUUAACUGCGUGUAAUGUUUAUGUUUUCUUAAUAGAUAUUACGUAAAUACAUUAUUUUAAGAUCAGAAAUGAAUAUAAGCUAUUUGUGAUUUACGUACGUACGUAUAUCACUAUAACUGUAUACUAAUUAUAUUAUUGUGUCAUAUGUCUACACAGAAAAAGAUAAAAAUAAAAAUUGUAUUGUAUCACAAUAACAACUGCCAUGAAUGUAAUACAACUUACUGUAUCAUGUUUUCCCUGUAAUAAUAUAAUAAUAAUAAUUUAGCUAUAGCGAACAAAAUGAUAUUUCAAUCACUGUAAAUAUAAUUAAGAUUUAGUAAUAUAUAAUUUAAAAAUUAUUGUAAUUGGUAAGGGAUUU